AUGUCAUCGCAAACUCCUGAGUUUACUGAUGAGAUACGUGCUGCCCUUCGAGUGGCGAUAAAAUAUCCUCCUGGCGUCCUCCCCUCAGAAGAAAGCAUGUUUCAACAUCACCCAUCCCUCAAGCUUAUCACGGAGCCUGAGGAUACAGAACCAAGAACUCUCAAAAAUAUCUUGCCUGAAUUGUUGAUGCAAGACAAGGAACAAAAGGUUGUCAUUGACUCUUCAUUCUCGGAUAUGAAUUUCGGACUUCAGAGUAUCUCUUCAGUCCGUGAAGGGAGUUUGAGCUCACCAAAUUCAAAUGAUCCAAGCUUGGACGUAUGGUACUUCACCUUACCAAAGAUUGAAGGCUUCACACAAACAGGCUCCAUCUACGUACAUUCCACUCACAUUACCGUCCAAAUUAUCUCUCAAUUGAAACAAGGAAACGUCACUUGUGCAGGUCCAGAGAUCACGCAAGGACGUUUGGACAACUGCUACUGUUCGGUGGCCUAUCCUCGAAGGUCGACUUUGGAAUUGAGAUCCGUGCGUUGA